GCCUGCAUCAUAUGCAAAUAUUAAGCAAGGGGCCAUUGAUCCAUACGGCCAGUUCAUCGAUCGCUUGUCUGCAGCUUUAAAAGAUGCCCAGGAUUUACCCGCAGAAGUGCAGGAACAUCUAUUUCAUUCCCUUGAUUUUGAAAAUGCCAACACGCACACCAGGACUGUAUUAGCUUCCCUUCCUCAAGGCUGUGCAGUUGAUGAGAUGUUAGUAAGGGCAACCAGAGUGCAACAGAACAACCAAACAGCAGCGUUCACAGCUGCUGUGCAGAAUGCAAUGCAGCAACAGGGACAUAUCAUUGCAGCUGCAUUGACAAGAAGAAAUGUCAGCCAUUCCAGCAGCAACAGAAGACCAGAAUCUGGCAUUGUUUGCUUCCGCUGUGGUGAUACAGGCCAUUUCAAACGAGCCUGUCAAAAGACUGUGUGGUGUCACAAAUGUAAUGCAGACACCCAUGCCACUGAAGCUUGUAGGAAGCAGGGAAACUUCAAAACCAGGGCGCUAACGCAGUGCGCCAGGACACAAAUCAACGCCUUGACCCACAAGACCCUGAAAGUGGUUUCCUAGUUAAGAACAGGCCUGCCACAUGGGGAAGCCUUGGCGUGGAUGUAACAACAGCAGAAGAAGUCACCUUACAAGACAAAGAGGUAACCCUGAUUUCCACCAAUGUAUAUGGACCAAUGUACAGCACAAUCUCUUUAGUUGGAGGUUUAUUGCUUGGAAGAUCCUCCACAGGCAAACAAGGUGUGAUUGUGAUUCCGAUGCAGAUUAUACCGGACAAGUGAAAAUAAUGGCUUAUGCUUUGCAACCACCUGUGACCAUUCCAAAAGGGAGCAAAAUUGCUCAAAUUAUCCCAUUUGAAAACAUUUUGCCACAUCGUCAGCAGCCAAGAGAACCAGCUGAAAAAGAGAGAGGAGAUGGAAGCUUCGGAUCAACUGCCCACUAUGUCCUUUUUACUAUAAGCCUGAAAGAUCACCUGCGCAUCACAGUGAAAUUACAAUGUGGUAACCAGAUCAUCACUCUAUCACCACUUCUCAACACGGGCGAAGACAUUUCCAUCAUCAAUCAAAUAUCCGGGCCAUCUGAUUGGCCUUUGCAGUCUCCCUACACCCAUGUUGUAGGAGUGGGCAGAAUGAGUGUUCCCUCAAUGAGGGCAGACCCUAUCAGUAUCAUCUUUAAGGACAAUCAAGUCAUCAUGACUCAACCCUACAUUAUGCUUUUGCCCGAAGAACUUCCAGUAUUGCUAGGCAGAGAUGUGCUAUCUCAGCUGGGCAAGGUUCUAACCACUGACCAGCAUUUUCUUUGAUGGCCACUGCAGAGAAGCCACCCAUUCUGAAAAUCACCUGGUUGACUGAAACUCCUGUAUGGGUCGAGCAGUGGCCAAUGAUAGAAGAAAGGCUGCAAAUUACUAAACAAGUGGUACAACAGCAACUUGAAGCUGGACACAUUCAGCCCUCAGUGAGUCCAUGGAACACACCAAUUUUUGUUAUCCCUAAAAAAUCAGGAAAAUGGAGGUUAUUACAUGAUCUCCACAAAGUCAAUGAGCAAAUGCAGGCAAUGGGUUCUUUACAGCCAGGCUUGCCAGCACCAUCUAUGAUACCUCAAGGGUGGAACAUCGUAAUCAUCGAUUUAAAAGACUGCUUCUUCACCAUCCCACUUCAUCCACAGGACACUCAACGCUUUGCCUUCACCGUGCCAUCUGUCAACAGAGCAGCCCCAGCACAGUGACAUGGAUGGACUGUAUUGUCCCAGGGGGGGAGAAACUCACCGACCAUGUGGCAGUUGUUUGUUGAUUGGGCCUUGUAACCAAUUCGCCAGCAUUUUUCCAGUGCAAUGAUUUAUCAUUAUGUUGAUGACAUUCCUAUUGCCACCAAACAACCAUUGGCAGAAAUGGAUUUAAACUGGUUGAUUGUACAAUUGAAACAUCGUGGACUGACUGUAGCCCCAGAAAAAAUACAGUGGUCUGCUCCUUGGAAAUAUUUAGGCUAGCUGAUCACAAAUGCACAAAUUCACCCACAGAAGAUCACUUUACACACCAGCAUUUCCACCUCGCAUGAUGCCCAGAGACUUUUUGGAGACCUACAGUGGGUUCGUACCAUUGUAGGAAUCACCAAUGAUGAUUUACAACCAUUUUUAUCUUGGCUUCAUGGUGGUGAUGCCAGCAGCCCCCGAAAGUGCACCCCCGAAGGGCAAAGAGCUUUGGUUCAGGUAUCAGAAAAGUUACAAUGUGGUUGGAGUGCUCGCCGCGUAGAGCAUCUUCCACUGUCACUUUUCCUUUCCAACGCUGAUGCCUGUCCAUUUGUCAUUGUUUUUCAAUGGCAAAAGAAAAAGGGGGAAGGCCAGUCUAGGUUUGGUUCAACAGCAAAUGUGUUGGAAUGGGUGUUUUUACCUGUGCAACCAAAGAGCUGUGUCAUGACCGGAACAGAUGCCCUUGCUGCAUUGAUAAAAAAGGGCAGAGAUAGGAUUGUGGAGAUAGAUGGAAAGGAACCAGCAGAUAUCAGUGUUCCUGUGAGAAGUGAAGAUUUAGAGUGGAAGCUGAGACAUUCUGUUGCAAUGCAAGAAGCAUUGUUGGGUUUUACAGGUGUGGUUCACAACCAGCAGCCAAAAGGCCCAAUGUGGACUCUGGUCACGCGCUACCAGUGGCUAGAGAGACCUUUGUGCUCCUUGACACCAGUUAAAGGAAGAACAGUGUUUACUGAUGCCGGUCGAAAAACAAGAUGGGCUGUGUGUGUGUGGCAACAGCAAGGAGAAUGGAUGCAACGUUUACUUAAGAGUGAAGCAGGAGACAGUCUGCAAACCCUUGAACUGAGGGAAGUGUGUUGAGCUUUGCAAACCUGGAACAACGAACCACUCAAUGUUGUUUUGGACUCUUUAUAUGUGGUUGGAGUCGUGCAAAGAAUUGAGGACACACUCAUCAAGACCACCCAAAAUCAGCGCCUUCAAGAACUGCUUUUGCAAUUAAGAAGUGCACUGAAACAGCAUCAGAAUGCCUUUUGUGUCAUGCACAUUUGCAGCCAUCUUUGCAACAGUGGUUUAGGAGAAGGCAAUGCACAAGCAGAUGCUGCAGUCAGUUGCGUUGCCCAUGUCCCUCCAUGUUGCAGCCGUGAGGCUUGGUAGGCCUCUCUGGCGGUCAGUCGCCUAAGGGCAGAAAUGCCUAGUCAUGGUGACUAGGCCAAAAUAACCCUUCUCCCGCGCUUGGACCCUCUGUUAUCUCCCUGUAAGACAAUAGGUCACUUUCUACCCCGACUCAUACCACUGGACACCUUUUCAAAACCUCGGUACCCUAUAAAAACCCCACUUUCCCCCAGCUCAGUAGGAACUGCUGUCCCUGGAACCCUUCACGGAAGAAGCUAAUAAAGAUUCAUCUGUGGAACUCCAUACAGCGCUUCUCCUCUCUCUCCCUUGUGUCUGCCAAGACACCUUAGCAAGCUUAUGAGCUGAGAAUCACUGCAAAAGAGCUGAUCACUGCUAAGAGCUGAAUAUCACUAUAACUAAGCUUGCUAAGUGUUGCCUGUGCCUGGGAGCUUUGCCGGAGUUGCUUGGACAGGGGGCUAUGUAGGUGCACCCCUAACCAGGACCAACCAAGGCAGCCGAGACACCGACUGAAGCUACCGGGGAAAAACAAAACCUGGCGAACCAACGUGGGUGAAAAACCCCUGGAGAGCAGCCUUCACCACGAAGACUUACUGCCUUGGUUCGCUAAGAGUCCUUCUGAAGAUAACUUCUCCGUUACAGAAGAAUUUCUCUGCAGAAGGCGUCUGACGACCCUCCCAGUCCAGCCCUGAGGAGUCAGAUGUGGGCAGACCACCCUACCAGCAGCUUUUGACCAACAUUCGGCUGAGGAAAGCCUUAUCCCUGUCCAGAGAUGAAAACUGGUGCUCUCCUCACUUCUGUUUGGAUGCUCUUCACCGUACCUUAUGCCUGCGGCUGGAUUAGCCCACAGCCUAGCCAUAAUGUUUGGGUAACCUUGGCAAAAACAUUGAAACAGGAUAGCAUGUGGUUAUCCAUGGGCAGCGUUGAUAACCCACUUUCCACAUGUCUAGUAGGGAUUCCUUUCGUAGCAGAUGACUGACCCGUCUAUAACUCUGAGCUCCUCCGCACCACAGGUAAGAGACCCAAUGCAGUAGAUACUUGGGAUGAUUGGACAAAAAUGUUACCUAAUGCCCUAGAGGAUCCCCAAGAAUUGGACUUGCUGGGGUCCACCAAAGCAACAUACUGUGUCAGAUUUUACUAUAGACGCCCAAGGAAUAAUGGGCCAGAAAUUAACCAGUUAAAAAACACAUACAGAAAAGACAUAUCACCCAUUAACAAAGCCUAUAACUAUCCGGAUUGGUGCAAUUACACCACUCGCGUGAUAUCUGUAUCCUGUCUCCAUCCCAAAGUACUACCCAAAGGGAUGUUUCUCAUCUGUGGUGACCGAGUAUGGGCUGGGAUCCCCUCACACCUCCAGGGAGGUCCCUAUAGCCUUGGGAGACUUUCUACCUUCACACCAAAUAUUACCUUGUUACAUAAUUGGAAAAAAGAAAGAGAAGCAAAUCGCCACAAAAGAUCCUAUACGGAAUUUGACGAAAGCUGUGAUCCCAAAUUAUACAAUUGGAAUGAACCAAAAAGAAUUGCUGUCUCCCUAUUCUUACCAUGGGUAGCUGCAGCUAAGGCCCUUAGUGAAAUAAAUCACCUAGGCUGCUGGCUUAGUAAGCAAGCCAACGCUACAUCUGCUGCCCUGAGUGAUCUUUUAAAAGAUGAGGAAACCACAAGACAUGCAUCUCUCCAGAACCGCGCUGCGAUUGACUUCUUGCUGCUCGCCCACGGACACGGAUGCCAAGACUUCGAAGGGAUGUGCUGCUUCAAUCUCUCGUCACGCUCAGAAUCCAUCCAUGCAAACAUCCAAAAACUGAGAGAACUUGUGAAGGACUUAAAAAUAGAAAAGAACCCAGACUGGGUCAAUGACCUUUUUGGUCAAUGGGGAUUAACAGGAUGGGUUGCAUCUCUUGUUAAGGGAAUUCUGUGGAUUUUCAUUGUAAUUGUCAUUGUAUUAGUUAUGUUCUCAUGCCUUGUCUAUUGCUUUAAAAGAACUAUAGGGAACGCUUUUUUAUUAAAUACAGAAAGUGUAAUUGUUGCAGCCGUGAGGCCUGGUAGGCCUCUCUGGCGGUCAGUUGCCUAAGGGCAGAAAUGCCUAGUCAUGGUGACUAGGCCAAAAUAACCCUUCUCCCGCGCUUGGACCCUCUGUUAUCUCCCUGUAAGGCAAUAGGUCACUUUCUACCCCGACUCAUACCACUGGACACCUUUUCAAAACCUCGGUACCCUAUAAAAACCCCACUUUCCCCCCAGCUCAGUAGAAGUGCUGUCCCUGGAACCCUUCACGGAAGAAGCUAAUAGAUUCAUCUGUGGAACUCCAUACGGCGCUUCUCCUCUCUCUCCCUGUGUCUGCCAAGGCACCUUAGCAAGCUUAUGAGCUGAGAAUCACUGCAAAAGAGCUGAUCACUGCUAAGAGCUGAAUAUCACUAUAACUAAGCUUGCUAAGUGUUGCCUGUGCCUGGGAGCUUUGCGGGAGUUGCUUGGGCAGGGGGGUACGUAGGUGCACCCCUAGCCAAGAACAACCAAGGCAGCCGAGACCGACCAAAGUUACCGGGAGAAAAACUAAACCUCCAGAAAACAAAUUUGUGAGGGCUCGCGACAGCCAUGAGAAUUUCCAUCACAAUGCUAGGGCUCUGCUCCGACAAUUCCAGAUUUCCCUGAAUGAUGCACAGGGGACUGUGCGUGCCUGGCCUCAAUGUAGUCAUCAUGGGCCAGGCCUUGGCCUGGGCAUGAACCCAAGGGGGAUGAAAGCUUUAGAAUUGUGGCAGAUGGAUGUAACUCAUGUUCCAGAAUUUGGGAGAUUGAAAUAUGUCCAUGUCACUGUUGAUACUUAUUCUAAAUUUAUCUGGGCCACAGUGCAGUCAGGUGAGAGAGCUUUGCAUGUUGAAAGACACCUGACUGUUUUGCAGUGAUGGGAGUGUCUGUAGAAAUUAAGACCGACAGUGGUCCAGCCUAUGUCAGUCAGUGAAUCGCUAAAUUUAUGCAGAAGUGUGGAGUCAAGCAUACCACCGGAAUCCCUCACUCCCCCACUGGUCAAGCCAUCGUAGAAAGGGCUAAUCAGAUGCUGAAAGAAUAUCUAGCAAAGCAAAAACAGAGUGAUGAAACUGACGUAACUAGUCGAUGAUCCAAGGUACUGUUCACUUUAAACUAUUUGUGCCUAGCAGAAGGAAGAGCCUGCAGUUGUCAUUCAUCACCAUGCAGUGAAAGAAGGAAGACCACAAGCGAUUCCAGGACUUUAUAUGUAUCACAAAAACAUGCAAACGGGCAAAUGGCAGGGACCGAGUCCUGUGUUGUUCAAUGGUCGUGGUUAUAUGUGUGUUUCCACAGGAGAAGCAGGACCUGUUUGGGUGCCGAGCCGAUUUACCCGUGCAUGUCCACAGUCAGAGAUACCAGCUAACAGUGAUAACCACAGUGACAGCAGUGACUUACCUGGAGCACCUUGUGAAGACCCUGAGACUGCUGAAAAUUGACUUUUGAAUUAGAAAAAAACCCAACAAAACAGUUAUACUGUUGCCAUGAAUUUUCCUGGUUUGCUGAGCGUUCAUAUUAAAGGAGAAAUGUGCAGUUUCUCACGCUGGUGAAUUGUAAACACAGGACCAUGUUUUGUAAAUAUUGGCAAUGUUAUGAAUUCUUUCUCCAAGAGAAGGGGAGGUUGAAUGACAGCCUCCUGGGCCAAUGUGAUGGAGAGGUGGCGAUACCCUUCUCCAAUCCAUGGUCACCUUGCCAGAGGUAUAUAAUGGCAAAUAAACUGAGGGGCAGGCCUCCUGCCCUGCAUGCUCUGAUGCACCCAGAUCUGUGUCUCCAGUCUGUUUUCUGGUUAGGCCUCCACGGUGAUAUUAUACAGUUACAGUUAUAAGACUAAGUUUAGCGAUAAGUCAUUUUUAGGAUUUAAGAUUAGGUAAUAGUGCCUUAAUAGAAAGAGGAUCAGGAAUGCUUGUAAUUGACCCAAGACAAAAUAUGUGGGUCACUUGGGCCAAUCGGAGUAAACAAGAUUCAUUUUGCUUGUCUUUAGCUACACCAUCAAAUCCUUUUGGGACUUGCUUGAUUGGAGUCCCAGUAGACUCCAUUGUUGGGAAGGAUGAAGUAGAAAGACCUUGCAAAUAUGGUGGUUUAGAUUCUGGGAGUCUGAGUUCAACAAGCGAGAUAGAAAUGAAAGCAUGCUUUGAGAUUUAGGGUGUGGGGUGCAGGGCCAUCAGCUUGUGAACAAUGACCUGCUAAGCUGAGGGCCAGCCCCCUUGAUUAAACAAUAUACUUCUGCUAAGCUGAGGGCCAGAUCGUUUGAUUAAACAAUCCCCUUCUGCUUGCCUUGGGUGGUGGGACAUUUCUAUUGGCUGUAUAUGUUGUCAUCUUGUAUUAGAUUGGUUGGUCCAACUCAUACUCUUCAACUUAGAAAGAUAUUUAAUGUACGGGAUUCGUGGCUCGCUCUCUCUCGGCUCGGUUCGCUGUUCCUGCUCUCCUGGCCUGCUUUAGCUGUGCCUAGCAGCUGCAAGCAAGGCCUUCACAAUAAACCACGUGUUACCCCUGCUCAUUGCUUAUAGAGAUACUUUGUCGCCGGUUCUACCGUCACGGAGAUACUCCUUCACUCCAUGACAGAUUUCAGAACCUGGUCUCAAAUCAAAAUUAAUCCAAAGAGUGUUUUAGGAACGCAAGCUGUUGCCAUUGCGCAGAAUCUUAAAGUUGUUAGUACUGAGCCCCAAGAACUCAAUCUCUUGGGUUCUGUGCCUGGGAAUCACUGUUUGAUCUUUGGGAAUUUUAUCAUAAAUUCAAGCUUGCUAAUUGUAGACAAACAACAACUGAAAAAUGGCAACACUUGGUUGUCUCCCCAGUCCCCAUUGUAUUAUAAUUAUAUCAAGUACUGCAAUGAUUGGACUGAGUCUGUGACGCCAUUGAAAGGUGUUGCAAGAAAAUUACCGCCAGGGAUCUUUCUCAUUUGUGGAGAUAGAGCCUGGUCUGCAGUGCCUCAAGAAGCUAUCGGAGCUCCAUGUUAUUUUGGUAAAUUAACAUUGUUUGCUCCUAGCAUUCAUCAGGUUUUAGGGUUGUCUCGAAAGACCCGAUGAGUCAAACGCAGUAUGUCUCAACUAAGCCCCAACUGUAAAGAUCGAGUUGAGUUAUGGCAACCUGCAGCUGUAAUCUUAGCAUCAUUCUUUGCCCCAGGAGUUGCUUCAGCACAAGCCUUCAUGCAGUUCAAAACUUAGCCUGUGAGACAGGAAAACAAAUUAAUAUAACAUCUACUAAGUGAGCUUGCCAAAGAUGUUAAUGACAUUCGUCAUGCAGUUCUCCAAAACAGAGCAGCAAUUGACUUCCUCUUUUUAGCACAAGGACAUGGAUGUGAAGAAUUUGAGGGCAUGUGCUGCAUGAAUCUAUCAGGCCAUUCGCAAUCAAUUUACAAGCAGCUGUCACAGCUGAAAGAUAAUAUGAGAAAACUUGUAGUUGUAGACACUCCAUUUGACAAAUGGUUCAGAUCAUGGGGUUUUACUGGGUGGAUCAAGGAUUUGAUCCGUUUUGGUAUAGUGAUUCUCAUUGUUAUCAUAGUCAUCUUAAUUAUUGUGCCUUGCUUGUUACUAUGUAUGCAAAAAUUAGUCAGCCGUGCCUUAGAGUCAAUUUGGAUAGCUCAAAAAGAAAAAGAGGGAACUGUAACUGGAUUUCUUAGAGAUCAUGGGCAUGAUGUGUUGUGGAAUGAGAUUUGAGCUAUCCCAAACUGGGCCUCAGAUUUGGGCCUGCUAGGCCUCAGAUUUGGGCCCGUGUAGAAGUAGAUAAGCUUGUGGCGCAGUUAGAAAUUAGGUUAAUGUGUGUGUAUGGACUAGAUGGGACAGUUAGAGUAGAAUCACGGUAGCUGCCUUAAACUGAGAUUGUUUACAUUUUUGUUCACACUGAAUGCCAAUUAGAGUGCACCUGCAAUUGUAAAUUAUUUCACACUGUAUAAAACCAGCCAUUUCGAGAAUAAAGAGGAGAACGUAUGA